AAGCCCUAGGGUGGCAAAGAAUCCUCAUCUCUCUGCUCCAAAAAGUCCAAGGGAGCAAGCUUGGAGGAAACGCUGGGUUCAACUUGAAGCCCUUCCACAGACAUUAAGUCGGUGAAAACUGUUCACUAGGAGAGGAGAAACACAAUGGCCACCAAGACAGAGUUGAGUCCCACAGCAAGGGAGAGCAAGAACGCACAAGAUAUGCAAGUGGAUGAGACGCUGAUCCCCAGGAAAGUUCCAAGUUUAUGUUCUGCUCGCUAUGGAAUAGCCCUCGUCUUACAUUUCUGCAAUUUCACAAUGAUAGCACAAAAUGUCAUCAUGAACAUCACCAUGGUAGCCAUGGUCAACAGCACAAGCCCUCAAUCCCAGCUCAAUGACUCCUCUGAGGGGCUGCCUGUUGACUCAUUUGGUGGCCUAAGUAAAGCCCCAAAGAGUCUUCCUGCAAAGGCUCCUGUGUAUGACUGGUCUCCUCAAAUCCAAGGCAUCAUCUUUGGUGCUGUUGGCUAUGGUGGCAUACUGACAAUGGCUCCCAGUGGAUACCUGGCUGGAAGAGUAGGAACAAAGCGAGUGGUUGGCAUUUCUUUGUUUGCAACUUCAUUUCUCACUCUAUGCAUCCCUCUGGCCGCUGACUUUGGAAUAGUCUUGCUCAUUGUAACUCGAAUAGUCCAGGGCCUAAGCCAGUCCUCAAUACUUGGGGGUCAGUUUGCAAUUUGGGAAAAGUGGGGCCCUCCACAUGAACGAAGCAGACUCUGCAGCAUUGCUUUAUCAGGAAUGUUACUGGGAUGCUUUACUGCCAUCCUCAUAGGUGGCUUCAUUAGUGAAACCCUUGGGUGGCCCUUUGUCUUCUAUAUCUUUGGAGGUGUUGGCUGUGUCUGCUGCCUUCUCUGGUUUGUUGUGAUUUAUGAUGACCCUGUUUCCUAUCCAUGGAUAAGCACCUCAGAAAAAGAAUACAUCAUAUCCUCCUUGAAACAACAGGUCAGGUCUUCUAAGCAGCCUCUUCCCAUCAAAGCUAUGCUCAGAUCUCUACCCAUUUGGUCCAUAUGUUUAGGCUGUUUCAGCCAUCAAUGGUUAGUUAGCACAAUGAUUGUAUACAUACCAACUUACAUCAGCUCUGUGUACCAUGUUAACAUCAGAGACAAUGGACUUCUAUCUGCCCUUCCUUUUAUUGUUGCCUGGGUCAUAGGCAUGGUGGGAGGCUAUCUGGCAGAUUUCCUUCUAACCAAAAAGUUCAGACUCAUCACUGUGAGGAAAAUUGCCACAAUUUUAGGAAGUCUCCCCUCUUCAGCACUCAUUGUGUCUCUGCCUUACCUCAAUUCCGGCUAUAUCACAGCAACUGCCUUGCUGACGCUCUCGUGCGGAUUAAGCACAUUGUGUCAGUCAGGGAUUUAUAUCAAUAUCUUAGAUAUUGCUCCAAGGUAUUCCAGUUUUCUCAUGGGAGCAUCAAGAGGAUUUUCGAGCAUAGCACCUGUCAUUGUACCCACUGUCAGCGGAUUUCUUCUUAGUCAGGACCCUGAGUUUGGGUGGAGGAAUGUCUUCUUCUUGCUGUUUGCUGUUAACCUGUUAGGACUACUCUUCUACCUCAUAUUUGGAGAAGCAGAUGUCCAAGAAUGGGCUAAAGAGAGAAAACUCACUCGUUUAUGAAGGCUGAACUCCCUUGUCCAGGCAACCACCCAGAAACCCAUUGAUGCCAUCCUUCUCCUCUGCCAAGUUUGGUAUCAGCAGCUCCAGGAAAACAACUCUGAAGUUGGACACCCACUACUUCAAAACCCCAACCCUGAUAACAGAGCCCCUGUUCAGCAGGAAGCAACCAGAUAGUCAACAACACCCCUUUCCCUUUUAUAUUAAAGUAGAAGGCAAGAAUGUUAGUCCAAACUACACCACUUUGUAAGCCUCCCCCACCUCCAUUUCUCAGACCUCGGUCAAAGUGAAACAUUCCACGGGGGUUUGGGCCAUAAGAAACAGCCUGCCUCUUAUCAUAUUCUGCUGGGAGAAAGUGCGAAAGUGCAAAGAACACCACAUUCAGCCGGAACAAGGGCUAGAACGGCCUCAUUCUGGGAACACGUAAUCAACAUUUUCCCAGGCAUUAGACCGUGCCCCCGCCAGACCCCUCCUGCCCAGACCUAUAAAUUGCCCCAGUCUUUAAGCAGCGGUGGGCCCUGACAUUAAGCUGGUCUCCCACAUCUGUAGGUCUAAUGCUGGACAUAAAGCCAGCAUUUGCUGUUAAGCCAGGCUCUCUCUCUCUCUCUCUCUCUGUGUGUGUGUGUGUGUGUGUGUGUGUGUAUAUGUCUUUCUUUAACCCAUGCCUUCCCUUCAAAACCUGAUACCCUGUAGCCAACCACUGAUGGAUACUGGCAUAUAAAUACUCUAACUUCUGUACCUUUGGUUAGGAUGAAUCUGAGGUGCAGACUACACUGUUCCCACUGCUCUCUUGUAGCAUUAGUCCAAAAUUACCUUCCUCCAGACUUGGCUUGUUUUCGUACCCUUGUUUGG